AUGGUAACUAUAAGAGAAUGGAUGAAUAAUAAGACAAUAUUAAUAACUGGAGGAGCAGGUUUCUUUGGAAAAGUUUUAACUGAAAAAUUGUUAAGGACAUGUCCUGGUGUGAAAAGAAUUUAUCUCAUCAUAAGACCAAAACGUGGGAAGACUCCACAAGAAAGAUGGAAUGAAAUUGCAAAAGAUGCGUUAUUUGAGACAGUGUUGGCUGACAAACCUGAUAUACUGUAUCAAAAAGUUACCGUUUUGGAUGGAGAUAUGUCACUCAUCAACUUAGGACUAGGUCAAGAAAUUAUUGAGGAGCUUAAAAAUACGGUGAACAUAAUUUUCCAUUCAGCUGCAACAGUUCGAUUCAACGAUCCACUUCACAUAGCUUUCCUCUCAAACACGAGAGGAACGUUAGAGAUGUGUAAAUUAGCCUCUGAAACUAAAAAUCUUGAGGUUUUUGUUCAUGUUUCAACAGCAUAUUGCAACCACAAUUUGAUGAAAACUUGUUUUGAAGAAAAGAUAUAUGAGCCAUGUCAGGAUUGGAGGACAAUACUAAAACUCAUAGAAACAGAAAAUCCUGUAGUCAUGAAUACUAUCUCUUACAAAAUUAUACAGGAUCAUCCAAACACUUAUACAUUCUCUAAAUCAUUGAGUGAAAAAAUAGUCGAAGAAUAUUCUUGUAAAUUCCCUACUGUCAUUGCAAGACCUCCAGUCGUGGUGGGGAUCUUCAAAAGUCCCAAUCCGGGCUGGACGGAUAACCUGAAUGGUGUCUUUGGAUUAACAACAGCUUGUUGCAAAGGAGUCAUGAGGGUUUUAAAAGGCAAAGAAGAAUGUUGUCUUGACUAUAUUCCAGUUGAUUACGCGAUAAACGCACUCAUCUCUAGCGGUUGGGAGAAAGCUUCCGGAGAGAAUAAGGAAUUAUCAAUUUACAAUUGUUCUUAUUCCAAUUUUCUGCCAGUAUUCAGUCUAGAAGCAUUAUAUGAGCUAGGAUCAGAAAUGAACAAGAAAGAAUGCACUUUAGAUGAUGAUAUUUGGUAUCCAUUCUUGUUUUUUGCCACAAAUGAUAUUUAUUUUCACUUUCUCUUUUACAUCUUUCAAGUUAUACCAGCUGUAUUCCUCGAUUCAAUUUUAUGUCUGAUAAAUAAAAAAAGAAGGUUAAUUAAAUUAAAUAUAAAAAUAUACCAAGCUGUACAAGCAUUAACAGCAUUCACUACGAAAAACGUUGUAUUCGAUAAUGAAAAAUAUCAAGCUCUGUGGAACAAAUUAUCACAGGAUGAAGAUGAAAUAUUUCCUCUCAGACCUCCUUCUGAUUUUAAUUGGAAAGAAAUUAUUUUAAUAUUGCAUAAAGGAGUGAAGAAAUAUUUUUUAAAAGAAAAUUUAGAAGAUGAAGAAUACCAUAGGAAAAAAUUAAUGAGAUUGUAUUACUUGCACCAGUUUUCGAAAGGAAUUAUAAUCAGUGCAACAUUUAUGUUAUCAUAUAAAUUGAUAAAUGCAUCAAUAUAUAGAUAUAUUUUAUAG